AUGUCCAUUCUAUACACUGAUAAACCUAAUUCAGUGGAUGCUCCGAUUGAUGCAAUAUUUCCUUCUUUGCAAUCCAACAACGCCGAUUCAAAAUUUAUCAUUUCGAGGGCGAUAUUGUCAAUUAAAAAUGAAAGUGUUGAUGAGAUUAAUAAUAAGUUGAUCGAACGAUUUUCUAGCGAGCAAAAAGUUUGCUACAGUUUUGAUGAAGCGGAAGACGACAAAAAUAACUUAUAUCCGAUGGAAUAUUUGAACUCGCUAAAUGUUAGUGGUGUACCCCCUCAUUAUCUUUGGUUAAAAAUUGGGUGCCCAGUAAUACUUUUGCGAAAUAUCAAUCCUUCAAAUGGGUUAUGUAAUGGCACCAUAUUGAUAUGUCGAGCUUUCCAACAAAAUGUCAUUGAUGUAGAGAUAACUGUUGGUCAAUAUGCUGGAAAAAGAGUGUUUUUACCAAGAAUUCCUUUAUGUCCAUCUAACGAUGAGAUGUUCCUAUUCAAACUAAAGAGAAAGCAGUUUCCAAUUCAACUUAGUUUCUCUAGGACAAUCAAUAAAGCUCAAGGACAAACAAUUCCAAGUGUAGGUGUUUAUCUGCCAGAAUCGGUAUUCUCAUAUGGCCAACUUUAUUUGGCGUUGUCCAGAGGAAUAUCACGUGUCAAUACCAAGGUAUGA